AUGGAGCACUCUUUCACUUUCUCUCAAGUACAGUGUCAGGUUUAUGAUGGGGCAAGCAAUAUGCAAGUUUUAAUCAAUGGCCUUAAAACUUUAAUAUUGAAUGAAUGUCCUCAAGCUUACUUUGUACAUUCCUUUGCUCAUCAACUUCAGUUGACACAAGUUGCCCUUGCUAAGAAUAAUUCAGAUUGUUCUUGGCUUUUUGGUGAUAUACUUGCACCUCUUUUGAAUUUUGUGGGAGGUUCACCAAAGAGGAAAGAAUUUCUUCGAGCGAAACAAGCUCAACGAGUUGUUGGAGCAUUAUCCUUGGGUGAUCUUGAAACAGGAAUUGGUUUAAAUCAAGAACGUGGUUUGGGUAGACCACGUGACACUUGUUGCAGGACUCACUCUAAAUCAAUCUUGAAUGUGCUUGAUGAUAUUGUUGCAGUUUCCACUGCACCUGAUCAGAAUAGAGAAACAUCGAUUAUACACUUGUUGAUGGUUGAUGUAACCAAGAUUAAUUUGAAAAACUUGAGAGAUGAAGGACGAGAUUCACAGAUGGAGACAGUCACUUCUUUUAUGGUUAAACAUGGUAUUGAAGUUCCAAAUAUGGAGGAGAGCUAUCUUGUGAAGGAAAUAAUGAUGUAUAGAGGUAAUGGCCCACGAGUUACAAAUCUUCAUCAUUUUCGAGUUGAAGUUUUCCUAAGUGUCAUUGAUCUUCAAUUGCAAGAACUUGAAAGUCGUUUUCCCGAGGAAAGUAAGGAACUACUUGUGUGUAUGGCUUGCCUUAAUCCCUCUAAUAGUUUUGCUUCUUUUGACAAAGAAAAAUUGGUUCGACUUAUUGAAUUCUAUCCCAAAGAGUUUCCAAAUGCGGAAAUUUUUCGUUAUUCACUUGAGAAUUUCAUUGUUGCUAUGGAAGCGGAUGAUAGAUUUUGGAUUUUGAAGAUUCUUAAUGAACUUUCUAUCAAACUUGUGGAGACCGGGAAAGUUGAAACUCAUGAACGUAUCUUCUUGCUUUUGAAGUUGGUGUUGACUCUCCCCGUUGCAACGGCAAGUGUGGAAAGAGUAUUUUCCGGAAUGACGCAAGUGAAAGAUAAAUUGCGUAAUAGUAUGGGAGAUCAAAUGGUGAAUGAUUGUUUGGUUACUUAUUUGGAGAGAGAUUUUUUUUUAGAUGUUCCCAUGGAUGAUGUUAUAGAUCAAUAUCAAAACAUGAAAACUCGUAGAAAGCAAUUGUAA